CUUUAAGCCGGCACAGAAACAGAGUUGACGUUCAGCGGGAGUCAGUGCAGGAGAGAAAAAAAAACGAAAAGAAAAAACGAAGAAGCAGAAAGCAGGAGCAGGGGGUAGGAAAGCAGGGGCAGAUAUUUUUGGACGUCUUGUGGAUUUCUGCUUGGAUUUGUAAGCGAGUAGCGGACACGAUGGGGUCGUAGCGAGUGGACGGAACGGUGGAUAAAAAAAGACAAGAGGAGAAAGGAGGAUCACUUAUUCACCCAAACAUACACACACACACACACGCAUACAUACAUAGACACUCUCUGAGGACCGGGGGAAAGCUGGGGCUUAACGUUAACAGGACGCCUUUCUCGCUACAUGUGGAUUAAUUUCUGAUAAAAAAAAACUAAAUAAAUAAAACAACCAGAAACAUUGGAUUUACACAUUUAAACACCAAAACACGGUUGCUGUUAACUGUCAGGACUCGAUUCCCAAGAAUGGUCAGCGUGCAUAGAGCAGCCACACCCACUUCCUGCGUGUAGUGAAAGUCCCGUCGUCAGCAUGUCGUCUCACCCGCAGCCGGUGCCCCAGAGCCGGAGAGCGGUGGAAGCCCGACACCUCCCGAGCGCGGCCGGCCUUCCUAUGCAGUUAUCCCGCGCUCACACGGAUGUCGGUAUUGUGGACUACCAUGCCCGGGACUUUGGAUCCCAUCUCUCGCACGGAGUUCUCACCCAGUCUCACCGCCGGAGACCAUCCCUGCUGUCGGAGUUUCAGCCCGGGAGCGAGAGAGGCGUUGAGCCCCACGUGCGGUACGAGCAAGUGUAUCUGCAGGACGUCAGCGGCCAGUCGGAGGUGGAGUACGGAGAGAUAAAGCGUCCUCGUCUGGACAUGGGGGCCGAGUCUCUAAUGCGCCACCCAUCUCAGCGUCUGCCUCUGCCUCUAGGCGGAGCCGAGGACGUCGUCAAGGAGCGUAGCGGCAGCAGCGCGAUGGGGAAGCUGGAGCCCGUGUCUCCGGUGAGUCCGGCGGUGAUGGAGGCCGAUUUGGAGCUGGUGUCCACGCGCUACUCUAAAGAGGAGCUGAUCCAGAACAUGGACCGAGUGGACCGAGAGAUCACCAUGGUGGAGCAGCAGAUCUGCAAACUCAGGAAGAAACAGCAACAGCUGGAGGAAGAGGCGGCGAAGCCCCAAGAGCCGGAGCGCAGUAUCUCUCCUCCGCCCAGCGAAGCCAAGCACCGCAGCCUCGUACAGAUCAUCUACGACGAGAACCGGAAAAAAGCAGAGGAGGCUCAUCGUAUCCUGGAGGGACUGGGACCCCGAGUGGAACUGCCGCUGUAUAACCAGCCGUCCGACACGAAGCAGUACCAUGAGAACAUUAAAAUAAACCAGGUGAUGAGGAAGAAGCUCAUUCUGUACUUCAAGAGGAGGAACCACGCUCGCAAGCAAUGGGAGCAAAAGUUCUGUCAGCGCUAUGACCAGCUGAUGGAGGCCUGGGAGAAGAAGGUGGAGCGCAUCGAGAACAACCCGCGACGCAGAGCCAAGGAGAGCAAAGUGCGCGAGUACUACGAGAAGCAGUUCCCCGAGAUCCGCAAACAGAGGGAGCUACAGGAGCGCAUGCAGAACAGGGUGGGUCAGCGUGGCAGUCUGGCGUCCGCAGCACGCAGCGAACACGAAGUGUCCGAGAUCAUAGACGGCAUUUCAGAACAAGAGAACUCUGAGAAACAGAUGCGUCAGCUGGCCGUGAUCCCGCCGAUGCUGUUCGACGCCGAGCAACAGAGGAUAAAGUUCAUCAACAUGAACGGCCUGGUGGACGACCCCAUGAAGAUCUACAAAGACAGACAGGUGAUGAACAUGUGGAGCGACCAGGAGAAAGACACCUUCCGGGAGAAGUUUAUCCAGCACCCGAAGAACUUUGGCCUGAUAGCCUCCUUUCUGGAGAGGAAGACUGUGGCAGAGUGUGUCCUCUUCUAUUAUCUCACGAAGAAGAACGAGAACUACAAGAACAUUGUGCGCAGAAACAACCGCCGCAGGGGCCGCAGCCAGAAUAACCAGCAGCAGCAACAUCAACAGCAGCAGCAGCAGCAACAGCAGCAACAGCAGCAACAGCAGCAACAACAACAACAACAACAACAACAGCAGCAGCAGCAGCAGGUGAACCGGAACAACCAGGAGGAGAAAGAGGACAAGGAAGCAGAGAAGGAGGGAGAGCGUGACGAGGGCAAGAACGACGGAGACGACAAGGAGGAUGGCAUGAAAGAUGACACGUCAGGAGAAGACGGCGAAGAUAAAGAUCCUCCGGUCGCUAAAGGACGCAGCACGGCCAACAGCCGCGGCCACCGCAAAGGCAGAAUCACUCGCUCCAUGGCCAAUGAGCAGGAAGAAAGCAGCUCUCCUCCUCUCAGCGGGGAACUGGCAAACCUGGAGAUGAGCGAAAGCUCUCGCUGGACAGAGGAGGAGAUGGAGACUGCCAAGAAAGGACUUCUCCAAUAUGGCCGCAACUGGUCGGCCAUCGCCAAGCUGGUGGGCUCCAAGACCGUCUCGCAGUGCAAGAACUUCUACUUCAACUACAAAAAGAGGCAGAAACUGGACGAGAUCCUGCAGCAGCAUAAAAUGAAAUCGGAGCAGGAGCGUAAGGCCAGGCGUAAAGGUAAAGCCCUGCAGAGCGAGAACGAGACCAGCGCUCCCUCUGCUGCUGAUGAAGAGGAGAUGGAGGGAUCCGGUGGUAGCGGCAACGAGGAGGAAGCUCAGGAGGACGGAGAGGGCGGCCCUAACCAGAGCUCGGACACGGAGAGCCUGCCGUCGCCGCACUCCUCGGAGAGCAGCAAGGCGAAAGACGCCAGCUCGGGCCGCUUCAAGUCCGCGUCCAACGCCACGUCCACGUCGGCGUCUUCCUCCGACAAAGACGGUCCCGAGGAGGAGAAGCCGCAGGUCAAGGUGGAGCCGGGAGUCGUGAAGCAGGAAGAGCGGCCCGAGGGAGUGGACGCGGCGAAGGAGGCUCAGGGGGAGGCGGAGGAUAAGAAGCCUCCCGCUCUGGAGGUGGAAGAAGGGAAGAGAGAAGCAAGGAAAAGAGAGCGGGAGCACGGAGGACGAGACAGCGACUCCAGCGCCACCUGCAGCGCGGACGAGGUGGAGGAGACUGAGAGCACGGAGAAGAACAGAAUAACGUCUCCAAGGCCGAGUCUUCUGAGUUACGCCCAUAACGACGGAAUGAUCUCAACUGCACUGCAGAAACCACUGGACCUCAAGCAGCUCAAGCAGAGAGCGGCAGCUAUACCUCCCAUAAUGCCGGACGUUUCUGCAGUCGCCGGUGGCGUGUUGGGGAAGCAGCAGGUGAUGCCCGACGCUCAGGCCCUCUACGAGCAGCAGAUAAUUAUGGCACACGAGUCCUCGCAAGGGGCCAAGCAGCAGCCCCCUCAGCCAAUCAAAUCACAGCAUUACCCCGGCGGUAUGGCUGAGUCCGGCAGCCCGCGGAUCCGAGAUAGGACGCCGACGCCCUCGGAGAGAGAGAAAGAAGAACUGGAGGGGGGGAAGGAAAGAUGGCUACACACUCUACUUCACCGAUUGUAUAAACCCAGGGAGUUCUCUCCUCUUACUGACAUGAAGAAAGAUCCCGGCCAGGACCACAUCAGAGUCAUGGGUCUCGCCCGUCCUGUGAUGUCAUCAUACCCGAGAGACAUGGCCAAGCUGAGCCAUGAACAAGUUCUGCACUACAACUCCUCUCUCCCACAGCAGGACAGGCUGGUUGGUGUACGGAUCCCUGAUCCUCCUCCCCUCAUCUCCUCGGCCAAACCGGGCGGCUCCAUCACACAGGGUACCCCGGUGCAGAUGCACAGCCCUGCUCAUGGUUCAGAGCACACCAAGUUGCCUCCGGGAGCUCUGUCCUGGAUAGAGCCGCGGAAACUCGCCACGUUCCCAGUGGUUAAACAAGAGCAGCUGUCUCCUCGUGGCCCCGCCUCCUCCCAGGCUGAGAAUCUGUCCACACACGCCAUCGCUCACGAGAGCCUCGCCGCCGCCCGCGGGCCUAUGCCAGCUGUUCAGGGAGGAAGCAUCACAAAGGGCCUUCCUGGCACACGCAUCCACCAAGAGCCCUCUGUUACAUACCGGGGUGGUUCCAUCACACAGGGCACCCCGGCAGACGUCCUGUAUAAGGGUACCAUCACUCGUCUCAUUGCGGAGGACAGCCCCAGCAGGGACAGAUCCAGAGACGAAAACCAAGCCAAGGGACACGUUCUGUAUGAAGGCCUUAGCGGGCACAUCCUCUCGUACGACCGCGCUCCGAACCCGAAGGAGGAGGUCAGGGGAGAGGUGUUGGGGUUGAAACGCCCCUACGAGGUCAUGGAAGGCGGAGCCAUCUCCCGAGUGCUGCCGUUACGCGACUCUCUGUCCGCCGCCGAAGGUCUGAUGGGGAGAGCGAUGCCUCAGGAGCGAGAGAGUCCUCGUCCUCAUCAUAUCCGCGGCUCCAUCUCACAGGGUAUUCCACGUCACAUAGAUUCUCAGGAGGAGUAUUCGCGCCGAGAGCCAAAGCAGCUGAAGCGCGAGAGCUCCCCGUCCCCGCGCGGCCCCGACUCCAUCAAGAGUCCACGGUUAGUGUCGACGGUUAAAGAGGCCGGACCCUCCAUCCACCUCAUCCCGCCGGAGGGCGUGCUCAUGAGCAAAGCCCCCAAAGAGGGCUCCAUCACACAGGGCACGCCGCUGAAAAUGGAGUCGGCGGGUUCGUCCAAACGCCACGACGUGCGCUCGAUCAUAUCCAGCUCCCCCCGGCCAUACCCGGGCCUCCCGGGUCAUUUGGAGAGAGGGCACUACGACGAACCGGGUCCCAAAUCUCGUCCCAGCGCCGUAGUCAGCAACUCGAGCUCCCUGGUGCUGGGGCCAGAGCAGGCGGGUAAAAGCCACCACAGCCCGGUGGGAUACGACGAGCACAAGAGGGCGGGAUAUGCCCCGGCUUCACACAGAGGAUCCCCGCUGACCAGCAGGGACACGCCGCAGCGGCCACACGAUGGCUCUGCGAAGGCGCCGCAGCAGGAGCGCAAGUCCACUCCCACUCCGCGGGAAAUGAGCACCACCAAGUCUCCGCUGCCUGUCGUGGGGGAUCACGCCGCCUCUCUGGCCUCCUACGAGAGGCUCCUUCAGGGCCUGGGAGCCGAUAUGUACCGAGGGCAGAUCCCUCUCCCGUUCGACCCUGCCAGGGGCAUCCCUCUAGACCCAACUGCUUAUUACCUGCCCCGACACCUGGCUCCAGCCCCGGGUUACCCCCACCCCUAUCCCCCGUAUCUAAUCCGGAGCUUUCCAGACACGGCAUCCCUGGAGAACAGACACACACUCUUCACCGACUACAUCACCUCACAGCAGAUGCACCAGUGGCCUGCAGCAGCCAUGACGCAGAGAUCAGACCUACUGAGAGGUCCCCGAGAUCCACCCCUCACAUUACAGUACUCGCCCUCAACACGAGGAGCAUCCGCGUCACCAAUGGACCGCAUCAACUACCUCUCUGGAACCCCAGCCACUUUCGCCAGCCAUGCAUACACCACCUCACCGAUCUCACCAGUCGGAAACUCUCACAUAAGCAAACUCCAGGGCACGCCGUCGUCGUCCGAGAGAGAGCGCGAGAGGGAGCGCGAACGCGAACGAGAGCGCGAAAGGGACCGGGAGAGGGAACGAGAGCGGGACCGAGAGAGGGAGCGCGAGAGAGAAAGAGAGCGAGAGCGGGAUCGAGAGAGAGAGAGGGAGCGUGAUAGGGAGCGAGAGAGGGAGAGAGAGCGGGAUCGGGACAGAGAGAGGGAGAAGUCUCUCGGCCAUGGCAACGUGGAGCACGCCCCCAUCUGGAGACCCGGAGCAGCGGAGCAGACCGGGGGCAGCAGCUCUAGCUCGCGUCCUUCGUCCCUGCCUUACAGCCACCAGGUGAGGUCCCCGACGAUGAGCCCUCGGCCCCAGGAGAGCCUCCAGCACAGACCCACUGUCCUGCACAACACCAGCUCGAAAACCCUGCAGAGUUCAGAACACAGCAGCCCGUCUGUCCUCAGGUCUGUGCCACAGAGUUCUUCACGUUACUCAAACUACCCUGGGCAUCUCCAGAGAGCCAGCGAGGCGUAUCCAGACUCGAGCGGGGUUAAAGAUCUGAGCCGGGAGUCGUGUAAAUCGCAGAGUCGCAGCGUUCCCCCCAAACAACACGAGCCCAAGUCCGAAUCCAAGAUGUCCAGCCCGAGCGGGGGCAUCGUGUACCCCUCUGCGUUCGCCCAGGCCCCCGGCGGUCAUAUGGGGCUCACGACUAGCCGCGGUCUCCCCAUAAUGGUUACGGAGGCCGGGAUGAUGAACAGGGAUAAGACUCAGAACAAGGACCACGACCUCCGUGCGCUCGCUCAGCAGAAGCCUCUGGAGCAACAGGGUUAUUUUUUCAUUCCAGAUGAUCGACUCUCUCCAAGCCAGCAGCCACCAUCCCCUGCUGUUAAAGGCUCCCAGAGAGUGGUGACUCUCGCCCAGCACAUCAGCGAGGUGAUUAAGAAGGAUUACUUGCGUCAAUCACAGCAAGGGCCGGCCGGAGGCCAGGCUGUGUUCGGCUACCACAGUUCACCCGUGCUGGACCUCACCCGACCCCCGAGUGCCCCCCAGACGCCCUCGGAUCCAAGCAUCAUCAGCCGCUUCACCCCGGAGGGCUCCAACAGCGACAGGCUAAGAGACAGGUCACCUCCUCAGAGUAAAGUGUCCCCAGUGACUCUGUCGGCUGAGUGCAUCGAGCCAGUCUCUCCACCAGGGGGCGGGUCCGAGCCAGAGUCCCAGGCAGCCACAUGUCCCAGCGAGCAAGCCGAGCAAGGUAUGGGAUCUCGCUCUCCCUCCAGCACCUCCCAGCCACCCGCGUUCUUCAGCAAGCUCACCGAGAACAACUCCGCCAUCGUCAAGAGCAAGAAGGAGAUGAUUAAGAAGAUGGUCGUGGGCAACGAGAACGAUUUUAACUCAGGACAGCCCGGGACCGAGAUCUUCAACAUGCCUGCUUCGGCUAGUGGAGGGACGCCGAGCAUUCGUAGCCAACCUCCUUCAGACUCUAGUGGGAACACCAUCGGCCUGGAGGCGAUCAUCCGCAAAGCUCUGAUGGGAAAUUUUGAGGAGCAGGCAGGCGAGCGCUCGCCCUCUAACUCCGGACCUUCUGCUGCUGCUGCCGCCGCCACUGCCGAUCCGCGCACUGAAGAGCCUUACUCACUGCCUGGUAAAUCAAAGAGCAGCGCGCGCUCCAACGGGCGCAAGACAAAGUCUCCCGGGCCUGGACUGUCGGGAGGAGAGAGACCGUCGUCUGUGUCCUCCGUCCACUCUGAGGGAGACUGCAACCGCCGCACGCCUCUCACCAGCCGCGUGUGGGAGGACAGACCGUCGUCUACAGGCUCCACCCAGUACCCCUGCAACCCCUUCACGAUGAUGCGUUUGCCCGGCUCGGUGAUGUCCGGGCCCUCCCCGUCGCCCACCCAGCCCGCUGCAGGACCUCCGCAGCCUCAGAGCCGCACCUGGGAGGAGGAACCCAAACCGCUGCUCUGCUCUCAAUACGAGACGCUGUCGGACAGCGAGUGAACACACACACUUUCUCUCUAACACACACACACACUCUCCUUGUGCUUGUUUAAGCUUUAAACAGGAAUAGAUACACACACACACACACACACACACACACAUGCACCCAUAUGGUGAGACACACUAGAGAGCACAUAUAUACACUCUCUCUCUCACACACACACACACACACACACACACACACACACACUCACCCACAAUCUAACGUGCAUCCCGUCAUGUUACUAAUGCACUUCUCUUCAGUAGACCACACUCGUACCCGUGAGUGUGUACACACUUGCACAGCAGCUUUAGCAUUCGCCACUCCGUAUCUCACACACACACACACACACACACACGAUUUUCUUUUUUUUUUUUACACUGGUCUUAUCAGAUCAGACUCUCCCUGAGACACCUCUCUCUCUCUCUCCAUAGUACUGCUCAGGAUCUGUACACUCUCACCUCUUGCUGACAACACACACACACACACACACACACACACACACACACACACUUAGACAAGACUUACAGCUCUGCAUCGCUGUUUUAAAUCCCAAAAUGGAAUGAACAAGUCGCUCAGCUCAGCUCGUGUAACGUCUUAAGGGUUAACGUAGCGAAACAGCAAAAAGCUAGCUUAACCAGGAUGCUAGCAUGUAUUCGUUCGUAUCGUUAUAACACCCUUCCCCGCCGAUAAACUUCAGGCCACGCCCCUUACUCGAGUCUGAUCCUCGUGCUACGUCCUGACUGGUAGCUGCUACGACAAAAACGUGUCCGGGUUGUUGUUUAUUAUUUUAGGUUUUUAUCCGUGUGUUAAACCACUCCACAAAGCCAAUGUGUAGUUUGUGAGCGAGGCUAAUCUGGUAUAUCUCGAUAUUCGCUUGGUUUGUUUGCUAGCUGUGUUCACCCGAGCGUAUCUCGGCCCAGGAUGGCUGCCGGUGGUGUCACACGUGUCACACGUUUGCUUUUACAGACUCACUGAUUCACCACUUGACUUUCCAAGGCACAUUUUAAGGUACAGAGGACCGUGUGUGUGUGAGUGUUUUACUCUUUUCCAUGAGCGUUAGUUUACAAGGUACACACAGCAUUUUUUUUAAACAUCAUUGAUAACAUUGGAAUUUCUGUUUUUCCUUUUUAUACAUAUAUAACAGUUUGCGAGUCGUCUCUAGUCAAACCAUUUUUCUUUCAUGAAAGCUGCAACAUUUAAAAACAGUUUUUCUUUUGUGUGUGUGUCACUAAUUUGAUUGCGUUUUCUUUUUUUAAGCACUUGGCCAGCAGGCGGUUUUUGUCGGCAUCCCGUCAUGGAUACUAAAACAUAUUUGUUUAAGCCUUUUCUUUUUUUUGUUCCAGUUUCUUUAUACAGUAUUGUUUUUGUUUUUUUUAAGUUGAAUGAUUAUUGUUUUUAUGUUCGUCACCUGUACAUCUUUUGUAAAAAAGAAAACAAAGAAUAAAAAAACAAAUAAAGAAAUUAAAUGUCCGAUGCUGCAGCGACAAUCUAGAUGAGAAACAAGAAGUGCUGAGCUGAGCAUACGGACGCAGAGCUGCUUUUUUCAGGUCCCCACAACGUCCUCAAACAGGAACAUAAACACACACACGGUUAAAGAGACUGCGCCUAAUAAAAGCCAUGGACAUUGAGCACUGCGCUGUCGUUAUCUUAUAAAUACAUAAACAAAUACACCACAACAAUAAAAAAAAACAGAUGAACGAUAUAAUAUUUUAACAGUUUUUUUCCCUCCCCCGAGAAAGAGGACCUCCGGCUCACUGGGACUCCAAACACAACACCUCAUGUGUAUAAACGUGUAUCCCUUCGUUGUGUACAAAAACAAAAACUAUUUCUGGUGUUAAGUGCCAUUUAUCUGAGACGUAUAUUUACCGAAGUUUAAACUACCAUGUGACCUGCGCACAACUUUUU